AUGGCCUCCAAACAACCCUCAAGAAAAGGCAAAAAGGCCUGGAGAAAAAAUGUCGACAUCAGCGAAAUCAACGCAGGCCUCGACCAGCUCCGCGAUGAAAUAAUCCAAGGAGGAGUAAUUGUCGAAAAGACCGACGAGCAGCUCUUCGCCCUCGAUACAACCGGCGACACCGCAAUCGCCAAAGCCCACUUCAAAACCGCCAAAGUCCUCAAAGCCGACGAGAUCAUCUCCGCGCGCUCCGCCGUCCCAGCAAUCAGGAAGCGCCCCGGCCUCAAUACCACCAACGGCAUCAUCGCCAAGAAGGCCCGCCGCGCAAAUGUCAUCACAUACAAGGAUAUCGAGAGGAUGAAGGCCACGGCGUACGGCCAGGAGGCUGCCUCUGGAGAGCUGACAAGUACGAAGAAUAUCACCAUUGACUACGACCCGUGGGCCGAGGAGGCUCCGCAGGAUGUGGCGAAGAAGGAAGCGUUGCGUGAGACGGAAUUCUCGUUCAUUCCGGCCCCACAGCCGUUUAAGGAGCCGAAGACGCUGAAGCAGCCGCCGGUGUCGCUGGCGGUGUCGGGACGGCCAGUUCCGGCGGUCAGGGUGCCUGAGGCCGGGAUUAGUUAUAACCCAGAGUUCGCACAGUGGGAUGCGCUUUUGCAGAAAGAGGGGGCAAAGGAGGUGGAAUUGGAGCAGAAAAGGCUGGCCGAGAAGGCUGAGGCGGAGAGGAUCAAGGCGUUGGCAGCAAUCCCCGAUGAGGAAGAGGAAUCGGACGAAGAAAACCACUCGACCGAGUCAGACACAGAGGCAGAGAAGCCAGUAAAGAAGAUGCCAGACAGGAAAACACAGGCGCAAAGGAACAAGAUCAAGCGCAGAAAAGAGCUUGAGCUGAUCAGAUUACAGGAGCAGAGACUCAAGAGGCAGGCAGCAGAGUUCUCGCUCGUAAAGAAGUACGCCAAGGAUGUCGAGGCGAGGGAGCGACUAAGGCUUGCAAAGCGUGCGGCCAGGCUCAAUAUCGACGAUGAUGAGAAGAACCCUAAACUUAUGCGAAGGCGGAAGUUUGGAAAAGUCGGUCUUCCCCGUGCUCCCUUGGAACUCCAACUCCCCGACGAACUCGCAGACUCUCUCCGCACUCUCAAGCCUGAGGGAAAUCUUCUCCGGGAUCGCAUGAGGAGUCUGCGAGAGCGUGGUGUGUUGGAAACUAGACUCCCAGUCACCCAGCGGAGAAAGCACCAGAAGAAGGUGUCGGAGAAAUGGAGUUAUAAGGAUUUCAAAUAG